AACGGUAUGUCUGUGGAUGAGAAGACUGAAUCCCCCAUGUAUGUGUAUGAGUCAACAGUCCAUUGUACCAAUAUCCUCCUAUGCCUCAAUGACCAACGGAAGCAGGAUAUUCUCUGUGAUGUGACUUUGAUUGUGGAGGGCAAAGAAUUCCGAGCCCACCGGGCUGUGCUGGCUGCAUGCAGCGAAUACUUCUUGCAGAUGUUAGUCGGGCAGACAGAAAAUGACCUGGUUGUCAGUCUGCCAGAAGAGGUCACUGCCAAGGGAUUUGGUCCGCUGUUGCAGUUUGCCUACACUGCUAAGCUAUUACUCAGCAGAGAAAACAUACAAGAGGUCAUCCACUGUGCCGAAUUUCUACGUAUGCACAACCUGGAGGAUUCCUGCUUCAGCUUCCUUCAGACCCAGCUGCUGAACAAUGAAGAUGGCCUGUUUCUGUGCAAAAAGGAUCUCACCUAUCAGCGGAUGCAUGAAGAUGAGAACUCGGAGGGAGAAGAGGAAGAAACUAUGGAGUCAGAGACUUCAAAGAUAUCUUGCUCAAGAGAGAGAAUGCACUCAGAGUCCUUUGACUUUGAACCCGCCACGUCUGGAGCCAGUAAGGAGGAAGGAAUGCUGCCAGACCCGGAGAUACUGGUGGAUGAUGGCAAGGAUAGUUUGGAUAAAGAAGUAGUAACACGGUACCCCAGGUAUAAGAAAUACCAGCUAGCUUGUACCAAGAAUGUCUACAACACAUCACAUGUUAGUACCUCAGGUUUCACAAGCACAUUCAAUGAAAAAGGUUCAGGUGACGAUCUCAAACCAGAACUUGCUGUCGGGCAAAUUAAAAGUGAGCCUAGGAAUGAGGAAAACGAUGAAGAAAACAUCACACUUUGCCUCUCUGGAGAGGAGACUAGUGUCAGGGAUAAAGAAGGGGAUGUUGAAAUGGACCGAAAGCAGCCAAGUCCUAAUGGAGCUGGCAGGUCAAAAAACAGUUCCUCUCCUUCCUGCCUAAGAUCUUUCUUCAACCGAACAAAAACUAUAGACUUAGAUGGCUUCCCAACUACUUCCCAACAGCACUUUGCCAGAAAUCCAGCAUGCCCUUUUGACAAGGGGACAACUCAGGGUGACCAUAAAGCUGAUUAUGUCCCUUUUGUGGGCAGUUAUGGGCUCUCCCAAGCUGUUCAGAAGGAUGCUUCCAGUUUUACAGUGGGAUCACCUCUAAGAAGUCCUGGCUUUGUUGAAGGCCUCUGUAAGCAGGAAGGUGAGGUGGACAGGAGGACCGUUAUAUUCUCUUCAAAUGUUUGUGACCAAGUAAACACUUCGGUGCAUUCAUAUUCUGGCAUGAGCAGCUUGGAUAAAGAUCUCACCGAGACUGUGCCAAAAGGCCUGUGGGCAGGAAGCAGCCAAUCUCUUCCCAGUUGCCAGACCUAUGCUCAUAUUGGACAGACAGCUGACCAUUUCCCAGGACGGAUGCGGCCCAACACCAGCUGCCCAGUGCCAAUUAAAGUUUGUCCUCGGUCUCCUCCCCUGGAAACCAGAACAAGGACCUCCAGUUCAUGUUCCUCCUACUCUUACGCAGAGGAUGGCAGCGGUGGUUCUCCCUGUAGCCUGCCUCUGUGUGAGUUUUCAUCUUCCCCCUGUUCUCAAGGAGCUCGAUUCCUGGCCACUGAGCAUCAGGAGCCGAGCAUGAUGGGAGAUGGAAUAUACAGCCAAGUCAGACCCCAGAUAAAAUGUGAGCCAUCCUAUGGAACAAACUCUAGCGAUGAGUCUGGAUCGUUCUCUGAAGCAGACAGUGAGUCAUGUCCUGUGCAAGACAGAGGACAUGAGGUGAAACUUCCAUUUCCUGUAGAUCAAAUCACAGAUCUUCCAAGGAAUGAUUUCCAGAUGAUGAUAAAGAUGCACAAAUUAACCUCAGAGCAAUUGGAAUUUAUCCAUGAUGUUCGGCGGCGCAGUAAAAACCGAAUUGCUGCCCAGCGCUGUCGCAAGAGAAAACUGGACUGUAUUCAGAAUUUAGAAUGUGAAAUCCGCAAAUUGGUUUGUGAGAAAGAGAAACUUCUGUCAGAAAGGAACCAGCUGAAAGCAUGCAUGGGAGAGUUAUUAGAUAAUUUCUCCUGCCUUUCUCAAGAAGUAUGCCGAGAUAUGCAGAGCUCCGAACAGAUCCAAGACCUUCACCGAUACUGCCCUGUGCUCAGGCCUAUGGAUCUUCCAACAGCAGCUAGUAUCAACCCUUCAUCAGGUGGAGUGGAUCAAAAUGUAGUGACAUCCCAGUGCAUUGGAGAAGGCUUGCAGUGCUGUUCAGAACAAAGUCCAGUGCAGCAGCUGGGAGCCCACUGGCUACCCAACAACAUCUCUGACAAAUGUGCUGCAAGAGGACUGGAUGAAGCUGACCAAGUUAAUUAUUCUGAGCAGGAGCUCCCUCCAGAGCAGAAUAACCAAGCGGUGACCAUGGAUUUCUGUCAGGAGAUGACUGAUAAGUGUACAACAGAUGAGCAGCCUAGGAAGGAGUACACCUAG